AUGGUAUGUCCUCCAACCCCCAACCCAGUCGGCUUCCCAGUCGGCUUCCCAGUCGGCUUCCCAGUCGGCUUCCCAAUCAUCGCUAACCCUACAAAGUCCGACACCGGUCUCCCUCCCGGCUGGGAAGUCCGCCACUCCAACUCCAAAAACCUCCCCUACUACUUCCACGCCGACACCAAAGACUCCCGUUGGGAGCCCCCCGAAGGCACCAACAGCGACCUCCUCAAAGUCUACAUGGCGAACUACCACUCCAGCGCCCCGCUCCCCAAGUCCGACAGUGGCGCCAACGGCAACGACGGGAAGAUCCGCGCCGCCCACCUGCUCAUCAAGCAUCGCGACAGCCGCCGCCCGAGCAGUUGGCGGGAGGCGCAGAUCACGAGGUCGAAGGAGGAGGCGCGGGAGAUCUUGCAGGCGCACGAGGCGCGGAUCCGGGCGGAGGAGGCGGCGUUGGGAGAGAUUGCGAUGAGCGAGUCGGAUUGCAGCAGUGCGCGGAAGCGGGGGGAUUUGGGAUUCUUUGGGAAAGGCGAUAUGCAGAAGGAGUUUGAAAUGGCGGCGUUCGCGCUCCAGCCCGGGGAGGUGAGCGGGAUCGUGGAGACGGCGUCGGGACUUCAUUUGAUCGAACGGUAG